AUGCCAGUGUGCUACAGGCUUCAUACUUUAAUGCCUGGUCGGGAGGGCAUUGCGCGCAUUCGACUGUGCUCCCUUGCUACGUUGCAUAGCCCUGAAUGCUCCGUUGCAUGGAUCAUUGUCAGUCUUAAAGCGUUCCCUCAGCGAGAGACCAGCGGCACUCACGCACACGCUCAAAAUCCCCUUUUUACACUGGGACUGUUUCUCUGUGUUGAGGCUAUGACACCUGACCUCUAUGGCAUGUUGCGGGUAUCGGAGGUUCCUGAUUCGUGUAGAGGAUCAACGUGCUACAAUUUUGCAUAUCGAAAUAGGGAGGUUAUGAAUAAGAAGCUUUCGAGCGUUCAGACCCACGUUCAGACCCACGUUCAGACCCACGUUCAGACCCACGUUCAGACCCACGUUCAGACCCACGUUCAGACCCACGUUCAGACCCACGUUCAGACCCACGUUCAGACCCACACCAUGUUUUGA